UCCCUCGGGACGCAGUUUCGAGUGUUUAAUGAACGCCCCACAACAAUGCGUGAAAGGGAUGGUUUGUUUGAAGCAGAGCGUAUAUAGGCAUCUAUUGCUGCUCUUCCUCCCGAUUGUUCAAAACAUCAGUUUCCACUUCCACUUCACCAGCUUCUUUGCUUUCCCAGGUCUGUGACCUUGACAUUCGUUGUUACCACACUCAUUCUUUACACUCUUUCAAGAAGCUAGCUUCUAUCACUCUCACUACCAACCAACUUCCAACCAACAACCACUCUCAAAAUGAAGUCCUUCACUGCCGCCGUUGCCCUUGCUGGCUUCGCCUCCUCCGUCGCCGCUCACGGCUUCAUCUCCUCCCCCACUCCCCGUCAGCCCGGUGAGGGUCUCAAGGCUGCCUGCGGUGACCAGGUCUACAACCAGCAGAGCUCCGACAAGUACGGCAACGUUCAGGGUGCUCUCCAGAACCUCCAGGGCUCCCACCCCGACUGCCGCAUGUGGCAGUGCAAGGGUGUCCCGGUCGAGGAUGCCGGUGAGGUCUUCUCCUACACCGCCGGCCAGGUCAUCCCCAUGACCGUUGAGAUCCGCGCUCCCCACGAUGGUGUCGCCAACGUCUCCAUCGUCAACGUCAAGACCGACAAGGUCAUCGGCGCGCCCCUCAUCAGCUGGGACGAGUACGCUCUUACCAGCUCCCCCAUCUCGGCUCACCCCGACUGGACCAGCUUCGACAUCACCAUGCCCGAUGUCAGCGCCGAGUGCGCCGAGAAGGGUGACUGCGUGAUCCAGUGGUACUGGGACGCACCCUCCAUCGACCAGACCUACGAGUCCUGCAUCGACUUCACCAUGGGCGGUGGCUCUGGCAACGGCUCUGCGCCCGCGCCCGCCUCCAGCGCCGCCCCCGCUCCCUCUGCCACCUCUGCCGCCCCUGCCUCGUCUGCCCCUGCUGCCACCUCUGCCGCCGCUGAGGCCGCCCCCACUGCCUCCUCCGCUGCUCCCGCUGCUCCCUCUGCCACUGGCUCUACCGGCUCCGGCUCCAGCUCCACCCUCCCCGAGGAGUUCACCAUUGAGCAGUUCAUCUCUUGGCUCGAGGCCAACGCUGGCUCCAGCGCUGUCUCCAAGCUCCGCCGUGCUAUUGCCGCACGCACUGCCCGCACCCACGCCCGUGCUUUCCGCGGUUAAGUGGAUUGCGUAGACAGGAGAUCUUGCAUAACGACAUGGUUGUUAGAAGGUUUCGAUAGUGAUAGUCCUAUUCUUUGUAGAUAUACACUUCAGUCAUGAAUAUAUCUUUCCAC